CGCAGCACCGAGUUCGCGGCACCAGGCCCCGGAAGCCCGGCGCCCCGCCCUCCGCCGGCCCUGGCCCGUGCCGGCCCCGCCCGCCUUCCACGGGGGUGCGGCUCCAGGAAACGGCGCGCUCGGCCGGCCGGCUGCCCGCUCCGCGCUGCGCUCCGCUCCGCUCCGGACGCCCGGCCACCCCGCGGCCGCCCCAGGGGCCGCAGUCUCCGACGGGGCGGGCGGGAUGAGCGCCCAGGCGGGGCGGUUCGGCGCGGGCUGGCGGGAGCCGCGGGUCUGAGAAGCGGGCUGGCCAGCUGCGAUGACCUCGGUGUGGAAGCGCCUCCAGCGAGUGGGCAAGCGGGCCGCCAAGUUCCAGUUUGUGGCCUGCUACCACGAGCUGGUGCUGGAGUGCACCAAGAAAUGGCAACCGGAUAAGCUGGUGGUGGUGUGGACCCGCCGGAACCGACGUGUCUGCUCCAAGGCCCACAGCUGGCAGCCUGGAAUCCAGAACCCGUACCGCGGCACGGUGGUGUGGAUGGUCCCUGAGAACGUGGACAUCUCCGUGACGCUGUACAGGGACCCGCACGUGGAGCAGUAUGAGGCCAAAGAGUGGACGUUCGUUAUCGAGAACGAGUCCAAGGGACAGCGGAAGGUCCUGGCCACGGCCGAGGUCGACCUGGCCCGCCAUGCGGGGCCGGUGCCCGCCCAGGUCCCCCUGCGGCUGCGGCUGAAGGCCAAGUCGGUGAAGGUGGUGCACGCGGAGCUGAGCCUCACCCUCUCCGGGGUGCUGCUGCGGGAGGGCCGGGCCACGGACGAUGACAUGCAGAGCCUGGCCAGCCUCAUGAGCGUGAAGCCGAGCGACGUGGGCAACUUGGACGACUUUGCAGAGAGUGAUGAGGACGAGGCGGACGGCCCAGGGGCCCCCGAGGCCUGGGCUCGAGGCCCCCCGCCAGGCCGGGGCGGUGCCCUGCGGCUGGGGCGUCUCCCAGAGCACCCCCGGGAGCUGAAGACACUCUCUGAGGAGGACGAGGCCCAAGGGCGGCCCGGGCAGGCAGCUGCCAGCCCUUCUAGUGCUAAGGACACCGGCCCUGCCCCUGUGAGUGCCCCUGCUCCCCCGGCCAGGGCCUCCCGGGGGCAGGGGGCAGAGCCGGCUGCUCUAACCGGGGGCCGGGUGGGGCCUGAGGCCCCCAGGCCCCCAGGAACUCCACCGGAGACGAGGUCCUCUGUGAAGCCAGGCCUGGACAUGGCCCCCACCCCGGCCCCUCGGCUCCGGAAAGGCUCUGAUGUCCCCAGGACCCCAGUUCCCCAAGGGGGGGAUGAGGUCCCCAUGGCCUCAGAGGCUCCCCCUGAAGCAGGGGGCUCUUCUGGAGAGACCCAGGCCCAGACCAGCCCCCAGGAAGGGACAGAGGUCCAGGGAGCCAAACUGGACUCAGACAUUGAGCACGGAGGCUCCAGAGAGGCCCCGGGAGAGCAGAGACCCUUGGCUGAGGAGGGGCGCGCUGGGGACAGCCCGGCGGCCCGGGGGGCAGACGCAGAGCGGGGGGCAGGAGGCAGCGAGGGGAACAGGAAGAGGUCAGUGGCCACAGCUGGGGAGAGGGAAGGGAGCUCAGAACUUAGUCAGGUGGAUGCUGAGCAGAGGUCACAGGUGAGACACGGGGGGGCUAUGGGGGCCCCCCAGGCGGCAGGCCUGCCGACGGAAGCAAGUCUCAGGGUGACUCCUGAGGCCCCUCCAAGGGGCUCUCAGGGGAAGAUGGGGGUCAGGACCCCAGAAGAGGCUCCCACAGGCCCAAGCCCAUCCCUAACUGAACCUGCCGGGCACUCCAGGCCUCUCAGUGAGCUCAGGGGCGCAGGGGUUGCUGCAGGACAGGAGACAGAGGGUACGGAGGUGAGGGGCAGAGCCCCUGGUGUGGGCAGGACUGGCCCGGAGGAGGGCCCCCCUGCUGGAGCAGCAAACACUGGGCUCCAGGUGAGCAGUUUUCAGGGGACCCCAUCACCAGCCGACCAGGGGGUGCUGUCUUGCAAUCUGAGGGCCUGGGAAGCAGAGGUGGGGGAGUCAAGGCUCCUGGGAACAGAGACUGAGCUGGCAGAGCAGGGAGUAUUGGGGAUCCAGAAGACAGAUGCAGGGGGGUCAUGGUUCUCAGAAAUAGAUACUGGGACAGCAGCAGCAGUUGAGGUGUUGGGGGCCCAAGAAAUAGAGGCAGCAGCAAGAUCAGGGAUCCUAGAGCCGGAGGCUACAGGGAUGGCAGAGUUGGGGACUCUGGGGAAGCUUCCAGGAAUGCUGGGGACAGAGGCCAGGAUACCAGAAUCAGAGGCACUGGGGCCCCAGAAAGCGGAGGCUGGCGUUUCGGCAGUUCUGGGGAUUAGGAUACCCGGGCCCAACGGGUCAGAGACCCAGGAGGUAUCUGGUGGUGCUGGUGUGCUGAGAACAGAAGCUGAGAUAUGGGGGGCCAAGGAUACAGAGGCGGGGUGUUCUGGGGUGCUAGAGACAGAGGGUAAAAUACUGGGGAUCCAGAAGAUAGCUGCUGAGUACCCAGGGGUUCCUGGGACAGAAGCUCAGAUGUUAGAGUCUGAAAUAUUGGGGGUCCAGGAGACAGAGGUGGGUGCCCAGGGACAGACUCCAGGGACAAAGACUGGAUCCUCAGAAAUGGAGAUCUUGGAGAGCCAGGAGAUCGUAUCAUCUGUGGGUCUAGGGGUCCCCGGGAUACAGGCUGAGAGAACAGAGGCCCCAGAGGCAAAAGUGGGGGAUUCAGAAGUUAGAGUGGGAGAAACUGAGGCAGCAGAAGCUGAAAUAUGGGGGGCCCAGGAGACAGAAAUAGGGGGUUCCAAGCCUCAGAGAGUAGAGUCUGAGAUACUGGGGCUCCAGGAGACAGAUGGAAAGGUUUCUGAGGCCUCAGGAACAGAAGCCGCACUAAACUCUGAAAUUCUGGGGACCCAGGAGACAGACUCAGAGGGUUCCAAAGCUGAGACAGUAGAGUCUGAGAUAUUGAGGUCCCAGGAGACAGAGGUCGGGGGCUCUGUGACCUCAGGAACAGAAGCUGAGAUAGAGUCGGUGAUACUGGAGACCCAGGAGACAGGCAUAGGGGGUUCCCAAGAUGAGACAGUAGAGUCUGAGAUAUUGAGGUCCCAGGAGACAGAGGUAGGGGGCUCUGUGACCUCAGGAACAGAAUCUGAGAUGGAGUGUGAGAUACUGGGGGUCCAGCAGACAGAAAUAGGGGAUUCCAAAGCUGAGGUAAUAAAGUCUGCAAUAUUGGGGACCCAGGAGACAGAGAUGAGGGUUUCUGGUGCCUCAGGAAUAGAAUCUGAGAUAGAAUUUGAGAUACUGGGGGUCCAGCAGACAGAAAUAGGGGAUUCCAAAGCUGAGAUAAUAGAGUCUGAGAUAUUGAGGUUCCAGGAGACAGAGGUAGGGGUUUCUGAGGCCUCUGGAACAGAAGCUGAGAUAAAGUCUGAAAUAUUGGGGGCCCAGGAGACAGAGGUAGGGGGCUCCAGUGCCUUGGAAGCUAAGAUAGAGCCUGCGAUACUGGGGACCCGGGAGACGGCAGGGAGAGGGUCCGGAGUUUCAGAGACAGAAAUGGAGGGUACGGAGGUCCCAGGGUCAGAGACUGGUGAGGCAGAUGACCAGGUACUGGGGGCCCAGGAGGCAGAAGGCACAGUGCCAGGGGCUGAGGGGGGGCCGCAGAAGGCUGGAGUUCGGGGAGUGCUCAAAUAUGAGGCUUUAAAUAAGGCCCCACUUUCUAAUCAAGGAGUUUUAGGAUCCCAGGAAAUAGAGGCAGAGAUUUCAGGAGUACCAGAGGCAGAAACUAAAGUUUUCGGGGACCAGGGGACAGAGGCUAGGGUAUUAGAACCCAAACGUGAGGCUUUGGGGGCCCAGAAGGUAGAAAUGGCAGCUUUAGGGGCUCCAGGGAACAAAUCUGGUGUUUUUGAGGCCCAGGAAACCGAGUCUGGGGUCUUAGGAACCAAGAAGGGGGAAGAAGCUGAGGGACCCCUCCCGGAGGCCAGCCUGACGGAGGCGCAGGUGGCCGGUGGGGCAGGGGCUGGGGAGCCCGGGCCCGCUGGGGCCCCUUCCCCAGAGGAGCCUGAAGAGGACAGGAGGCUGCCAGGCAGCCAGGAGCCGUCCGCCCUGGUCAGCUCCAGCCAGUCCCUGCUAGAGUGGUGCCAGGAGGUCACCGCCGGCUACCGCGGUGUCUGCAUCACCAACUUCACCACAUCCUGGCGCAACGGCCUGGCCUUCUGCGCUAUCCUACACCGAUUCCACCCAGACAAGAUCGACUAUGCCUCCCUGGACCCGCUCGACAUCAAGCAGAACAACAAGCAGGCCUUCGACGGCUUUGAGGCGCUGGGCGUGUCGCGGCUGCUGGAGCCGGCGGACAUGGUGCUGCUGUCGGUGCCGGACAAGCUGAUCGUCAUGACGUACCUGUGCCAGAUCCGCGCCUUCUGCACCGGCCAGGAGCUGCAGCUGGUGCCGCUGGAGGGCGGGGGCCGCGCCGGCACCUACCGCGUGGGCGCCCCGGGCCCCCGGCCCGAGGACCUGGACGCGGGCGGCCUGGCGCGGCGGCUGCGCGGGGCCGGGGCCGGGGCGCCCGGGGAGGCGGCCGCCGGCGGGGCGCCCUCCGCCCGCGGCCCCCGGGACGACGAGGCGCAGGCGGCCGGAGCCGCGGCCCCCGCGGAGGCCCCCGCGGCCCCGGCGCCCACCGAGGAGCGGGUGAACGGGGCCGGGCCCGGCGUGAAGCUGCGGCGGCCGUCGGUGAACGGGGAGGCCGGGCCGGUGCCGCCGCCGCGCGCGCACGGCUCCUUCUCCCACGUGCGGGACGCGGACCUGCUGAGGAAGAGGCGCUCGAGGCUGCGCAACAGCAGCUCCUUCUCCGGGGACGAGCCGGACGCGGGGCCCGCGGCAGCCACGGGAGCCACGGGAGCCACCGGGGCCGCGGGAGCCGCGGGGGCCGCGGGAGCCGGGACCACGGGACCGGGGACCGCGGAAGGCCCGAUCCCCGACCCCAGCCCUGCCCCGGGUCCACCUACAGCCCCAGCCCUGCAGCAGCCCCUGGGCGGGAGUCCUCCCUCGGAGGAGGAGGAGGAGGUGCCCCUCAUUGCAGGGGAGGAGGCUGGACUGCAACGGUUCCAGGACACGAGUCAGUACGUGUGUGCAGAGCUGCAGGCCCUGGAACAGGAGCAGAGACAGAUAGACGGGCGGGCGGCGGAGGUGGAGACGCAGUUGAGGAGCCUCAUGGAAUCAGGUGUCAACAAGCUGGAGGAGGAAAUGCUGAUCCAGGAGUGGUUCACCCUAGUCAACAAGAAGAACGCCCUCAUCCGCAGACAGGACCAGCUGCAGCUACUCAUUGAGGAGCAGGACCUGGAGCGGAGGUUCGAGCUGCUGAGCCGGGAGCUGCGGGCCAUGCUGGCCAUCGAAGAUUGGCAGAAAACGGUGGCGCAGCAGCACCGGGAGCAGCUGCUGCUGAAGGAGCUGGUGUCCCUGGUGAACCAGCGGGACGAGCUGGUCCGGGACCUGGACCACAAGGAGCGGAUUGCCCUGGAGGAGGACGAGCGCCUGGCGCGGGGCUUGGAGCAGCGGCGCCGCAAGCUGAGCCGGCAGCUGAGCCGGCGGGAGCGCUGCGCCCUGAGCUGAGCCCUGAGCUGAGCCCGCGCUGGGCCCCUGGCGCCCGGCUGCCCCCCUCCCUCCCCCGGCCGCCCCGGGCUGCCUGGACCCCCACCCCCGGGCCCCCGGCUGCCCUUCCGGGCCGUAUUUAUUUGUCGGUAUGAAUGUGUGCGUGUGUGUCCCCAAUGGCCAGAACCCGGCCGAGGGCUCAGGGACCUUGGGGAGCCCCUCGCCCCCCAACCCUGCCGGAGACUCCCCAGCAAUAAAGCCAGACAGCAGACAUCGA